GCAACACUAAACGAGAUUUCAUAAUGGCGGACACUGCUUGCCAAGCUAAUUUUUGUAAUCGUAAAUAUAAACAAGGAUUAUAUUGAAUACAUUCACUUAUAUAGUAGUAUUAGUUGUUAUCAUAACUUAGAACAUAUGGGGCUAUGGAGAGUCACCUGCAUGAUGUAAAUAUAGUACAUAAUGUGAAACUAGAUCCCCAUUUACACGAUGUCCAAGUUUCUCAUAUAAAAAUGGAUUCUCAUUUAAUGCAUGAGGCGGUCCCUCACAACAUAAAGAUGGAUAUGCACGACGGUUCGCACAACGUUAAACUUGACCUCCACGAAGUUCCUAUAUCACAUAACAUCAAAAUGGACGGUCACGUUCACGAGGUGCCAGUCACACACAUAGGUCAUAUGAACCAAAACAAUCAGUUACAACAACAGAACGUCACACAAAACGUGGAGACGGAACCGGAGAAUCUGCUGAAGCCGCGAAUGGAGAAGAAAAAGAAAGAAGCCAUCGACGGACAAGCUAGAGAAAUAAUUUACAAAGUUAUCAAGUUCUUUGAGAGUGAAAAACAGAACAGAGGUUACGCGUUCCCGGUUGAAAAUGUAGUUAAAAGGGCCUGUGCGGCCACCGGCCUGUCUGAGAGCACUAUAAAGAGGAUUAAACGGGAAGGUAUCAGAGCUGAGGCGACACACACAAAAAUGGCUGGCCCGAAGAAGAAGAGAGUCCGGAAAACUAAAGUCCAACUGGAUUAUUUCCAACUGUGUGCGCUACGAGGCAUUGUUAACAGCUACAGUAUGAGAAAAGAGGUACCUACCUUAGGCAAAAUACUAACAGCGGCCAAACACGAACUGAAUUACAGAGGUGGCAAGGAAUCUCUCAGGCUAAUAUUACUAAACAAGCUAGGUAUUAAGUUUAAGAAGUGCGAAAAGAAAAAUAAAAAACCUCCGGAGCCCAAUCAGGGGGCGGCAAUUCAGCCGAUGCCAAAUGUUAUGUCACAUUUGCCAAUGCAGCAAAUGAAACCAGAGAACCAAUGUAUUUAUAGCAAUAUGAUGCCCCAGGUGCCCCCCGUCUCAUAUUGAGUUUCCUAUACGGUAAUUGUACAUAGUAGAAUAUGAAUUAAGUAUAAAAUGUUUGGUCUCAACUAUUGUCUAUAGUUUGAAAAUGCAGUGCAUAUUGUUGUGAUAUAUUAUUUUUUCAUGAAAACACAAAUGAGUGUUGAGAGAAGAGGUUUUAUAUUUUAUUUAAUUGACCAUGUCUCUGUUAUGAAUAUGCCAUAACAAUAAUUGUACAUAUAAGAAAAUGACUGUAAAUUAGACUUACAUUCAUCAUGAUUGAAGCAGAUAAUAAACUGAUAGUUUAAAAUUAAAUCAUUAUUUUCAAUAGUUUUAUUAUUAAAUAUGUUUUUCAUCGUCGAACUUAUUGAUAUUUAGAAAAGAUUGGAAAAAAAGAAUUACGAAAUACCUGUCAAAAUAUUGACAUUUCAGUUCCCGCCAUUUUUUUUAAAUAAAAGCGUAAGUCGAUAGGAAAUUUAGAUGUAUAUUGAAUCAUUAUAUUAAUGAUAGAUUAGACCUAUUGAUAUAAGGCUGAGUAUUGUAACAAUAUAAAUAAUAAAGAGAUACAUUUUUAAUAUUA